AGCAGGAAGGAAGCGGCGGGGGCGGGCCGGGGCUCGGCGGCGGGAGGAAAGUUUGUGUCGGGAGCGCUCAGCCGCCCGGCUGCCGGGGGGAGCGCAGCGCAGCCCCCUGCCCUCGCCCCCUCCCCACGAAGCCAGCGCCAUGCCCCGGGGUUGCUGAAGGCAGACACGGGGGACGCUGAGGCCACCGGGAUGCAGAGCAUCAAGUGCGUGGUGGUGGGCGACGGGGCGGUGGGGAAGACCUGCCUCCUCAUCUGCUACACCACCAACGCCUUCCCCAAGGAGUACAUCCCCACCGUCUUCGACAACUACAGCGCCCAGAACACGGUCGAUGGCAGGACUAUUAACUUAAACCUCUGGGACACGGCCGGCCAGGAGGAGUACGACCGCCUCCGGACGCUUUCCUACCCCCAGACGAACGUCUUCAUCAUCUGCUUCUCCAUCGCCAGCCCGCCCUCCUACGAGAAUGUCAAGCACAAGUGGUACCCCGAGGUGUGCCACCACUGCCCCAGCGUGCCCAUCCUCCUCGUCGGCACCAAGAAGGAUCUGAGGAAUAACCCCGAGACCAUGAAGAAGCUCAAGGAGCAGAACCAGGCGCCCAUCACCACCCAGCAGGGAAUCAGCCUCUCCAAGCAGAUCCACGCCGUCAAGUACCUGGAGUGCUCCGCGCUCAACCAGGAGGGCAUCAAGGAUGUCUUCACGGAGGCGGUGCGAGCCGUGCUCAACCCCACCCCAGCCAAGCCCAAGAAGCCCUGCGUCCUCUUGUGAGGGGCAGCCCGGGCGCAGCGCCAGCCCAGCCAGAGACGCUCCUGCCCCGGCCCCGCCGCUCCCCGGGCACUGCCCAGCGCUGCAGGACCCUGCCAGCAUCUCCCCGCUGCCCCGGCUCCGAGCACCCCUGGCUCCGAGCAGCCCGGAUCUGAGCACCCCCAGCUCCGAGCACCCCAGCUCUGAGCACCCCGGCUCUGAACACCUCCAGCUCUGAGCACCUCCAGCUCCGAGUACCCCGAUUCUGAGCAUCCCCAGCUCCCCCCAAACACCCCCAGCUCUCAGCACCCCAGCUCUGAGCACCCCUGGCUCCCUCCAAACACCCCAGCUCUGAGUACCCUGGCUCUGAGCAUCCCCAGUUGCGAGCAUACCCGUCUCCAAGCAUCCCCAGCUCCCUCCAAACACCUCCAGCUCUGAGCAUCCCCAGCUCUGAGCAUCCCCAGCUCUGAGCACCCCCAGCUCCGAGCACCCCCAGCUCCGAGCACUCCAGCUCCGAGCACCCCCAGCUCCCUCCAAACACCCCGGCUCCGAGCACCCCCAGCUCCAGGCUCGCUGCCUCCCGUGGUGCUCAGCAGGGCCGAGGGCUGCCAGCCCCGAGCUGUCACAGUCCGAGCGGCACUGAGCACUCUGCACUACCUGCCCGUUUGCCCCGGGGCCGGCUGGGCUCCCUGCUGCCCCCAUGGGUCCUGCACCCCCUCCGGCCCCGUCCUCAUCCCUGGCUGUCAGCGUUCGCUUUCGGGUGACGCCUCUGCAGUGCCGGCACAGAGCAACGCUUCCUGAGAAGGGGAUGCCCGGGGGAGCUGAACCCCCCCGGCUCCUGCCUGGGCACCCAGCCCCACGGGGACCCCGCAGGUGCCCGGGGUCCGUCCUGCGUGGGGGCUCCCGGGGUGGGCACGGCAUCGCCGCUCCCCGCGCCCAGCACUGGCAUCAUGCCGCCACAGGAGCCCGGCCGCGGCGAGAGCGGAGCUGGCACAGGCCCUGGGGAGGGUUUUGUCCCCCAGGACCCCGGUGACGAAGAACUGCAAAUGGCAAUGGGACCUGCCUGCGACGAGCUCCUCGCCGAGUUGCUUUUCCGUGAAUAAAACCAGCCCUGCCCAGGC